AUUCAAUUUUGGUUGGUUUUUUGGUUGUUCUUAUUAUUCUAAUAUAACUUUUUAAAGUUUUCAAUGUAAUUUUUCAUAUUUUUAAAUAGGAAAAAGACUUAAAAAUUAUCCAUACAAACCAUAAAUCCUCCCCCCAAAUGAUAAGGGGCAGAGCACACCUAACAAGAACAGCCCACUGAAGAAUUUUUCUUACUAAAGUCUUCGUAUUGGCUUUACCAAACUUUUAUCAAUCUGUUGCACUUGAAGAAACAUGGCAAUUAACUCAAACUCUUCUUCUACGGCUAUUCCCAGAAGGUUAGAAGGCAAAGUAGCCAUCAUUACCGGCGGCGGGAGUGGAAUCGGAGAAUCCACGGCGAGGCUUUUCGUUAAGCAGGGAGCCAGAGUCUUGAUUGCUGUCCGGCGAGAUGAUCCGGCACGUUCCAUUUGUGAAGAGCUUCAAUCAAAGGGGGGAACCAUCGAUUACGUCAUUUGCGACGUAUCCAAAGAAUCAGACGUCAAAAAUGCGGUGGAUACCGCCGUUUCCAAGUACGGGAAGCUAGACAUAAUGUUCAGCAACGCCGGAGCUCCGGGGAAUUCAUCCGACGUAUCGGUGGUAAAUCAGCUUGAUAUUCCAUCCGAUCAAGAAAACUUCAGGAGGGUUUUCGAUGUCAACGUCUUCGGCGCUUACCUGUGCGGGAAACACGCGGCCAGAGUUAUGAUUCCGGCGAAGAAGGGAUCCAUAAUCAUAACUUCGAGCGUCUGCUCUGUUACCGCCGGCGAUGUCCCGUAUCCUUACGCGGCGUCCAAGAGCGCCGUGGUGGGGCUGGCCAAGCAAUUGGGCGUCGAAUUGGGUCAAUUUGGGAUCCGGGUCAACUGUAUUUCCCCGUUCGGAGCUGCUACUCCGAUGCUGAUGAACGCGUUCCGGCAUAAGGAAGCGGAAGAAACAGAGAGGUUUGUUUCUGGGAUAGCGAAUCUGAAAGAGGCCGUAGUCAGGCCGGAGGAUGUGGCGGAAGCAGCGUUGUAUCUUGGGAGUGAUGAAGGGAAGUACAUAAGCGGCCUGAAUCUGGUGGUUGACGGUGGUUAUAGCACCACCAACGUUGCGUUGAGAGAGGCAAAAAAGGCUAUAAUGCGCCCGGAGAAUUAAGCUCUGACAUUCGGAGAGAUUGAUGAUUGACUUAAUUUUGCCUGUGUUAAUUUGUUUGUACACUUUCAUUCUCUCUGCUCUUGUAAUGGAUGUAUGAUGACUUUGUUGAUUUUCUAUAAUGAUAAUUGAACAACGCUUUUACCGUUUUAUGG